UUCACUUUACGAGACCAUACCUGUCGUUAUAAGAUGAAAUCAAAAGCAAAUUGGCUAAUCAUAUUCAUUCUUGCAUUUCACAUCACAUCUUCAGAAGCUUCUGAUGAAGAUGAAGUGAGGAUCCUGGUCGUGGGAGUCAGAGGUCAGUCCAGAUUCGUCGCUGCAGAUCUUCUGUCAGGAAGGAAAGACGGUGGACAGGAGGACAGAGAGAUUGUAAAGACUCCAGUAAUUACAGACGAGGCUCGUAGAAUGAUGCUGGUCACUGGACCAAACCUCUGUGAGGAGGACACAGCGAGACAGACCUUCACAACAGCGCUGUUUCUCUCGUCUCCUGGACCUCACGCCGUUUUAAUGGUCCUGAAUCUGGAAGAUCAACAAUCACAACAGUGUGAUAUUGAGAAACGAGCCCAGGAGCUGCUGGGAGCAGAAGUCCUGCAGUACUGCAUUGUUCUUCUGCUCCAAAAUCAGCAGGAACCUUUCACAGGAGCGUCCAGAGGGAUUGCUGGAGAAGUGAUCAACGCUUGUGGAGGAAGAUUUCAUAUGUUAAGAGACUCUGAACCAGAACCUGCUCAAAGAGCAGCUCUUAUAGCACAAAUAGACAAGUUAGUUUGGUUCAAUGAGCACAGAUUUUGCUCAGUACAGAAUGAAACUCAACAUUUAGAAGCUGUAAGCCUAGAGCUUUUUAAAAGACAAGAAGAAAUCCAGAAAAUACCUCAAGAAAAUGAGCAAAAUGUAAAUAAAGAAAAUCCGCUCUUAUCUGUAAUAUAUCACAGUUUAGGAGAAACAGGUGGAAUUGUGGGAUGGAUUUCUCUUUCCGCUCUUGUCAUUUACAGUAAACUGAGGCACAAAUAUUUAAAUUCUGUGGUAAAAUUUGCAGCACUUGUUUUGUUUAUGAUCAGUUUAAGAAAUGUUCUGCAUCCACAUUUUGCCAUAACGCUAAAUUUAGCCUUGGUAUCAUCACUAGCAACUGUACUUACAAAAGACACCAGAGAAAUCGAAGAAACUGAGUUUACCGGGAGUCAAGACACCAGGCAUAUCAUUGGGGAUAUUAUAGUAUUUUUUUUUAUGCAACUAAUACUUAAUUUCAAGGUAAUGAUGCAUUUACCGUUUGUGGUGGGUUCGGCUCUGGUCGUUGGGUCAAUUAUCAGCAUCAGGACGUGGUCAGAUGUGCUUUUAGCUUGUUAUGCGGCUCCUGGGGUCACAGUCGGGGCUUCUGCAUUUAUAUUUUACAAUGAAAAUAUUAGUCGUGAAUUUCCAUUCUUUGCACUCGGGUCAUUUCUGUGUUGUUCUGUUGGGGCGACACUCUCAGUGGGGUUUGUGAGCAUGCUAAUUGCUCUGCUUGGUGUCAAGAUGACAAUAAUUCUACUAAUAUUAGGAUUUACAACGGCAUGUUUGCAUUUAAAGACUGAAACUCUACUGAAUGUGUUCUAUUUCAUUGUUAUUAUAGUGGUUUUGCCAUGUGUUUGUGUGCUCAUCGGUUCAGUCUUUCUCAUGUUAGGGUCGGUGAUGAGUUUUAUCAAGGUGAUUAUAGAAAACUUGCUCAGUUCUUACCUGUUUCAUGUAGCAUUACUGUUUGGUUCAUUAAUAGUAAUUUGUCAAAGGCAGACUGCAUCAGGUUAAGCCGCAAACAGCAACUAAAUCACAAAUAACUUGUUAUUAUGUAUAUAUUUUAGUUAUACUGUAAUUGUUGGUAAGACCCUCUAGCUCUGGAUGAAAAUGUGUUAAAUGUCCACUUAUCUCCUCUGCAGCUCUGCAGACAAAAUAAUGCAGUUUUCAGAUCAUGUUGCUGUUGCGAUUUAACCUGGAGAUUUAACUGUAAAUAAAUACAGCUUACUGUAUGAAACUUACAAAUAUUACUUGCUACUGCCUCCAUCAUCACGAUCAAUGAGGAGCUGAUCAAAUACAGAAAUACUCAUCUAAAAACUGCUGUGUAUUAAGCGAGUUAUUUUCUAUCUAAAAUAUAAAUUUUGGUAACUCAUGUAUAUUAAGCUUAAGAUUAUUUAUAUACAUAAAUACAUAAAACAAAUAAGCUUCAUAGAA